CAGUCAGCGGAUUGUGGAGUAAAAGGAAUAAAACACACAAAAAAAAAACACGAGCAAUUCGUGGUGCUUCUCUCGAGUGUCUGAUAAGCGAAACGACCGCGAACCACGAUGGUACGCUCUCAGCCGGUCUCAGUUUCGUUGUGGCCACGGCUGUGCUUGGUGGUACUGGUACUGGUGGAUUGCGCUUGGACCGCUGACAGUGACGUAACGAGGACCGCAAAGACCAGCAUCAUCAUGACUGAUGUGCAACAGGUUUUCACCGAGCAUGAGGUGAUUCCCGACGUGAUCGACGUUGCCCCGAAGGAGCUGGCUAAGAUAACGUAUCCGAGCGGUGUAAGCGUCGAGGCGGGCAAGGAGCUUCGACCAACGCAGGUCAAGGAUCAACCGAAAGUCGAGUGGACCGCCGAUCCGGACGCGUUCUACACGCUCUUCAUGGUCGAUCCCGAUGCACCGAACCGUAAGGAACCAAAGUUCCGCGAGAUCGGCCACUGGCUCGUGGGUAACAUCCCCGGUACCCGGAUCGAAGAAGGUGACCACAUGUACGGAUUCGUCGGUUCCGGUCCCCCGAACGGUUCCGGACUGCACCGGUACGUGUUCCUGGUGUACGAGCAGCCCACCGGCCGCAUCGAUUUCUCGCAAGCCCCUCGAGUGUCGAACCGUAGCCGGAACCAUCGCCUAAACUACAAGCAUCGCGAGUUUGUCAAGCAGUACGGACUCGGUGCGCUGGUGGCUGGCAACUUUUACCAGGCACAGUACGACGAUUACGUUCCGACGCUUCACGCGCAGCUCUCAUCCGGUACGGAGUAGCGAUAAGAACAUUGGUGGCAUUCAGGUUUUCUUUCUAUAUCUCUUGCAAAAAAUAAAUACAGCCAACCCUGAUAUGGAACCGA